GUUUUUUAAAAGGCUGACUUUUCAACCAAGAGAAGAGAUAAAUUAUCGUUGUUGUGACAGUAAGGUUAAAAAAACACAACGCUUUCUCAUUUCAUUUCAAUAAAUAUAUCACUCGCCUCCCUAUUUCAUAGUUGCUCGUGGAGAAUUUUCGUAUCAGCCCCCACCAACCCACUCGACGGAGUCUCCAACGCCUUCAUCUUCCACCAACCUCUAAUUCAGAUCUCCAACGCCGAGAUGAUGCAGAGCUCCGCCGUGUUUUCCCUUUCCUCGUCACUUCCUCUCCUGAAACCACGGCGUCUCUCUCUUCGCCAAUCCGUAACCGCUUCUUCCUCUUCCAACUUCCACGAUAUCAACGUCUCUCUACCAAAUGUUGUCGCUAUUCCUUCUUUGUCUCACCGAUCUUGGCGUCUCGCCUCCUCUGAUUCGCCGCUUCGUGCCUGGUCCGAUGUCCCUUCGAUCUCACCUUCUCUGGACAUGAACCGUUUCAAAACUGCUGCUACUGCAGUUCCCGAAAACGCUGAGGAAGGAGAAAGCAGUGGAAAAAUGACGAAGAUUCUAGAGCUUGGCUUGUUGUUUGCUUUUUGGUACCUUUUCAAUAUCUACUUCAACAUCUACAAUAAACAGGUUUUGAAAGCUCUACACGCGCCAAUGACCGUCACUUUAGUCCAGUUUGCCGUCGGUAGUGUGCUCAUUACCUUCAUGUGGGCUCUUAACCUCUACAAGAGGCCGAAGAUCAGUGGUGCUCAGCUAGCGGCUAUCUUGCCCCUUGCAGUUGUGCACACACUUGGUAAUUUGUUUACUAACAUGAGCCUGGGGAAAGUUUCCGUUUCGUUUACUCACACCAUUAAAGCCAUGGAGCCUUUCUUCUCGGUUGUGUUGUCUGCUAUGUUUCUCGGAGAGGAUUCUUUGGACAACAUCACCCUCUUCUCUAUAAUUACAUUGAUGUCUCUCUUUCUUAUGGCUCCUGUGACUUUCUUCUCCGAAGGAAUCAAGUUCACUCCUUCAUACAUCCAAUCAGCUGGUGUAAAUGUUCAACAAAUCUAUACAAAGUCUCUUAUUGCUGCACUCUGCUUCCACGCGUACCAGCAGGUGUCUUACAUGAUACUGGCAAGAGUAUCACCGGUUACACAUUCUGUAGGAAACUGUGUGAAGCGUGUCGUGGUUAUCGUGAGCUCUGUCAUAUUCUUCAAGACACCGGUCUCGCCUGUGAAUGCUUUCGGAACCGGGAUCGCUCUUGCGGGAGUUUUCUUAUACUCAAGAGUGAAGCGUAUCAAGCCAAAGCCUAAGACUGCUUAGGAAAUAUCUGCUAAUGCCUAAUGCCAUCACUCCCGCGCUUAAAUUUAUAUAUAAAACAAUUUCUUGAGCUGAAGUUAAGAUAGAUGGUUUUAUUCUUUUUGCGGGUUCUUGGCCUUGAUACGUUUCAUUUCUUUUUAAGUUUUUCAUUGCAAUUUGCAUCCAAUCGCUUCUCUUAUAGUUUUCAUAUAAGUUGUUUGUUCUCUUCGGUAUCUAGAGAAUGCUGAACUCUUAAAUAUGUUGCAGUUUUCCAAGACAUUCGUGCUGUUAGUUUACUCGUUCAAGGUUAUUUAGUAGCGUUAGAAAUGGUCCUUCUCUCAA